UCCGGCCCGGCCUGCCUUUUCUCUCUCUCUCAACCUCCUCCGUCUUCCUCUCUCUCUCUCUCUCACCCCCUCUCUCGCCAUCCUCUCUUCUCUCGUCCCUCUUCCCGCACCCUCGCUGUCCCUUUUUAACCCUCCGCAGAUCAUUCUUGGAGCGGUCUCGUAGCAUUGACACAGAUCUGUUGUUAUCUGGCCCUAAUUGGAGGCCGAUCAGUAAAAAUGGAUCCCGUAGGAGUGGCUAUCAUCGGCGGCGGCAUCUUUGUCAAGGAGCAGCACAUACCCGCUGCUCUGGCUUCCCCUCUGCUCACCCUCAAGGCGAUAUGGUCUCGAUCCUUGAGCACGGCGGGAGAUGCCGCCAAGACUAUCCCUGGCGAUGCUGCAUCUUCUGUGGACCUGUACUCCUCGGACUCUGGGCAGGGCAAGUCUUAUGAAGAUGUCCUCAAACGCCAGGAUAUUGUCGGCGUGAUCAUCGCGCUGCCGAUCGUGGACCAGCCUGCCUACAUCGAGAAAGCCUUAGCGGCCGGAAAACACGUCUUGGCUGAGAAGCCAGUUGCUAAGGAUGUUGCUACUGCCAUCCAGCUCAUCGAGUACUACAAAAAGGUCUCAGCCGGUACUAAGGCAUCUUUUGCCGUCGCCGAGAACUUCCGCUUCAAUCCGGGCUGGGCUUACGCUGCUGAAGAAAUCAAGAAGCUCGGAAGGGUGACCGGCUUCAUCGUGAGGCUGAACUGGAUGAUGCAGACAAGCAACAAGUACUACAAAACGCCGUGGCGCACAAAGCCCGAGUAUCAGGGCGGAUUCCUCCUCGACGGAGGCGUACACUUCACAGCGGCCCUGAGGAGACUCCUAGGUAGCGAGAAUGCCGUCGAGAGCCUCAUAGCCCAGACUUCUCUAGUAUCGGACCACCUACCUCCGGCGGAUUCGAUCAACGCGGUGCUGAAGACGAAGUCUGGCGCGGUCGGGUCGUAUAUCAUGGCUGUAGGAACGACGUUCCAGGCCUUCGAGUUCCAGGUUGCGUGUGAGCAGGGUGUCGUCAAGACUGAAGGAUCCAAAGUGGUCGUGGUUCGGGGGAUAGGUCAAGACGCCGUGGCUGAGGAGAAAGUAUUUGAAAAGACUAGCGGUGUCGAGGAGGAAGUCCAGGCCUGGGCCGAAUCCAUACUGUCGGGCGUACCAAACCCCAACCAGACGCCCGAGCUAGCGCUGGGGGAUCUGGAGCUGCUGGAGAAGAUGCUGACCAGUGGGGACCAGGACGGGGCGCGCCAGAAGCUACAGUAUCAGCACCUCGUGUAGUCGUCGUCGCUAUAAUUUGCUAGGACUGAGCUUCACGAGCAGCUUUUCUAGCCCCUGUCGCAAUUGAUCACCCAUCCCGUUCGCGUUCGGCCUCUGCGUUGCGCGGUCCACGAAGACGUGGACGAACUCACC